UUUCACUCCCAAAAAAAAAAAAAAACUCUUUUGUCUCUCCCCUGUUUCUCUUCCCUAAACCCAACACCAAAAAAAAAAAAAAGAAAACCCUUGCCGCUAAGUUUCCGGUACACCGGAGAAAAAAUGACGAACAGAAAUGUGGUAAUGUCCGACGCAAAAUCCGGGAUCGGAUUCGCCGUCAAGGUUCCGGUGACGAACCCUUCUUCCUCUCUCUGCGGAUACAUCAGCAUUCCACGCAAGAAGCUCCUGAAAAAGCUUGAAGCCGACCCGACCCGGACCCGGAUCAACUCGUGGGUCGAGUCCAUGAGAGCUUCUUCGCCGACUCGGAGUCGACCUGGAUCCGGAAACUUCACCAUCCCUGAGUCCGAGGUCGAGGAAGACUCGUGGGUCGCUCAUCACCCAUCGGCGUUGAACAUGUUCGACGACAUCGCUCAUGCCUCGAAGGGGAAGAAGGUUGUGAUGUUUCUCGAUUACGACGGGACCUUGUCUCCGAUCGUUGAAGAUCCAGAUCGAGCUUUCAUGACCAACGAGAUGAGAGACGCUGUAAAAGACGUGGCCAGAUAUUUUCCGACAGCGAUUGUCACCGGACGGUGCCAAGACAAGGUUCGAAGCUUUGUGAAACUCGCCGGACUUUACUACGCCGGAAGCCACGGAAUGGACAUCAAGGGACCUUCAAAAAAGAAGAAACAUAACAAGAGUAACCAAGGCGUCCUUUUCCAACCGGCGAGCGAAUUCUUGCCCAUGAUUGACGAGGUCUUCAAAUCUCUUGUCGAGAAAAUGAAAACCAUCCCCGGAGCCAAAGUCGAGAACAACAAGUUCUGCGUGUCUGUUCAUUUCCGCUGCGUUGAUCAAAACCAUUGGGGAGUUAUGGUAGAAGAGGUCGGAUCAAUACUCAAAGAGUAUCCAAAGCUUAGGGUGACACAAGGAAGAAAGGUUCUCGAGAUUCGACCGACCAUCAAAUGGGAUAAAGGCAAGGCUCUCGAGUUCUUGUUGGAAUCUUUAGGCUUCACCCAUUCUAACGAUGUUCUGCCGAUUUAUAUCGGAGACGAUCGCACCGACGAAGACGCUUUUAAGGUGUUGAGAGACAGAGGACAAGGUUUUGGAAUACUUGUGUCCAAAGUCCCGAAGGAAACGAGUGCUACCUAUUCUCUCCAAGAACCAUCUGAGGUUGGGGAGUUUUUGCGACGACUAGUGGAGUGGAAAAAAGUAUCACUAAGAGGAAGAUAGCCCACUUUCGAGAUUUAUUUUCUUCUUAAUUAAAUGCUAAUAUAUAAAUGAAUUUCCAUCUUAAAAAAAAUAUUGUUGCAAGGUGGAAAUGUCUAUGCUUUCCCAUUAUAUUUUCUUAAUUUGUUUUUUUUUUGUACUUUUCUCUAUCUGGGAAAAAAAAUUGUAAUUUUGCAAAUGCAAGCUAUUUCGAGAUACAUCCCAUAAAAAUAUUAAUA